AUGAAGCUGUCUAAUCCGUCUGAAGUCCCGGUGUAUACCAUCGCGGGCUCGGACUCUGCUCGGCCGCUUCCUGAUUGGCUUGCGAGACAGCGAAAGCGCAGCUUGAAGAACGAUGCGGAGUAUUCUAACCGCGUUGAGUUGCUGCAAGACUUUGGCUUUGAUGAAGCCAGUACUUGUGUACGGGCCAGUGAGGAUGGUGAAUGGGUGAUGAGUACAGGAACUUACAAACCCCAAAUGCAUACCCAUUACCUUCCCCAACUAUCACUCUCUUACUCUCGUCACACUAUUGCGCUCAACACCACAUUUAUUCUGCUUUCAUCCGACUACUCUAAAUCUCUUCAUCUCCAGUCUGAUCGAUCUCUCGAAUUUCACACCCCAUCAGGACUACACCACACCACCAGACUUCCCCGAUAUGGACGUGAUAUCGUCUAUGACCGCCAGUCGACUGAGGCGCUGGUUCCUGCAGUCGGUGUCAACGGUGAUGGUAUGGGAGAAGUGUUUCGAUUGAACUUGGAGCAAGGCCGGUACAUGCGCAGCUUUGAGGUGGACGUUGGCGGUGACGAUUUUACUUCUGCAGGCGCUGGAACUCGGCAAGGUGGAAUCAACCCAGGAUCCGUCAACACAGGUGCCAUUGCAGAGGAAAGUCACAACCUUUUGGCUUUCGGAACAUCGGUGGGAACAGUCGAGCUUUGGGAUUCUAGGGCAAAGGGACGUGCAGGUGUGCUCCUACCGCCUACACAAAGCGGCUUUGAUGAGGGACGUUCCGAGAUUACUGCCCUCGACUUCAGCCGAUCCGGUCUGAACCUUGGAACUGGUUCGUCAAACGGACUUAUCCACCUAUACGAUCUUCGUUCGCCCGUUCCCCUUCAGAAGAAGGAUCAAGGUUACGGAUUCCCCGUCCACACACUUCAGUUCCUUGAGCCUUCCACCGCAACACGCGCCGCAACUAUUGAACCCAAGCUGCUCUCCGCAGAUAAACGUAUCAUCAAGCUUUGGGAUAUCGAAGACCAAAAGCCAUGGACUUCAGUUGAACCAGCUGUGGAUCUUAACUCGGUGGCCUGGUGCAAGGACAGCGGAAUGCUUCUCACUGCAAAUGAGGGCCAACAGCAACACGUGUUCUUCGUACCGCAGCUUGGACCUGCUCCCAAAUGGUGCUCCUUCUUGGAUAACAUGGUUGAAGAGAUGGCCGAGGAUCCUAAUGACCCCAACGCGUUCAAGACUUCCGAGGAUGGCACUCUGUUCGAUGGCUACGAGCUUGUUACUGCUGAGCAGGUUGCUAAGUGGGGCAUUGAGAAGCAGAUUGGCCAGGGUGGUUUGAUUCCGUUCACGCAUGGAUUCCUUAUGCCGAAGAUGCUGCAUGAGGAGGCCAUGAGGAGAUUCGAGACACCAGGCGAGAACCCUGACGGCUUGCGCCAGAAGACCGUGCAACAGAAGAUCAACCAGGAGCGUGAGAGUCGCAUCCGAGGAAAGAAGAAGGUUGCUGUUAAGAUUAACAGGAGACUCGCGGAGAGAAUGAUGAAGGAAGAGGAGAAGAGAGAACGCAAGCACGCCAAACGUCUUUUGGAAGGCGGAGAGGACCAGGAGAUGGUUGAGGCACCUGCAUCAUCCGAAGACAAGGAGACUGGUGUUCUGAAGGACAGCCGUUUCGCCCAACUGUUCGAAGACCGCGACUUCGCUGUCGACGAAACAUCACGCGAAUUCCAGUUGUUGAACCCCAGUACAGUUCCCGAGGCUGCCACUUCACGACCCCAAAGAAAGGAGCGUGGCUUGACAGCAGUCGAACAAGAGGCCGUCGACGAUGUGCCUGGCUCCAGCUCAGAGGAUUCGGACUCUGAAGCCGAGCGACCCGCGAAACAAGUUUUCUCUAACAAGAUCUCUUCCGCGGAUUAUAAGAGGACUAAGCGCCCUCCUCCUCGCAUGCAGGUUUCCUCGUCGAAUAACACCUCUACCCGGGACCGUUCCUUUGGCUCGCGUGCUCAAAACAUGAAGUCGAGACAGAAACCUACCCGCCGUGGUGGUGUCGUCGGCGAGCAGGAGAUCAGCUUCAAUCCUGCCGGAAAGCCGAAGCGUGCUGCCCCAGAAGUGCGUUACGACAAGCCCGACAAUUCCUUCCGGGCAAAGGAGCGUCGCAGUGCCUCUGGAAACACUUUCCGCAAAAUUUAA